GAGCGGAUGGCUCGCGCUCGCUCGAUCUCGCAUGUCGUCGCGGCUGCUGCUGAUACAUCUUCUUUUCUCUAAAUUCUUCUCUCUAAUUUUUUUUUUCACUUCUUUCUCCUCUCUCCGUCUUUCCUGUCAGUCAACAUAAGAGUCGAUUAAUCAGUGUGAUGCUCUCCUGACUGUUGUUCCAUUGUUGUUCUACCAUCCGGGCGCGCGAUAAAGUGUGCUUGCAAGUGCUUUUUCAAUGGAGGAAAUGAGAAAAGAAAAAUAAUUCUCUGGUGAAGUUUUUUUGGUGGUGUGAUGAUGAUGAUGAUGAUGAUCAAAUUGAGUGCGACGUGGCUUGAUUAUUACAAUUAUUAAGCUGUGAGAGAUUGUGUCGUUGAACUGCCCGACGACUUCGACGAAAGCAGAGUUUGUGUGUGACAUUCUUCUUCUUUGCCGCUGCUGCAUGCCUUUUGCCCGUCGGCCGACGACGUUCUUGACACGUGCGACCACCACCCGUUUUCGUGCGGCUGCUGCUCCAAAAAUCGAGACUAUUCGUAAAUGGGCCAGUAUUGAUGCCAGUAUAAUGAAACUCUUAUGCCAGUAAAUCGAAACUCUCGAAGUUGAAUAUCAUCGAUAAGUGCCAAUUGGACUUACAAAGUGCUGCGAACAAGUUGAAAGUGUGUACAUAAAAAGAUUUGAAAAAAAAUAAAUAAAUAAGAAAACAACGUGUGUUGUGUUAUUUUGUGUGGUGUGAUAAAAGAAAGAAGAGCCGCGACGACCGAAAGUUUGGCGCGUGCAGCGAUACAGCGAGUAGGCGAGGAGCCGGGCCAGAUCAAGGCUCGGCCAAGGAGGCCCUGGCUAACGGAGGAAACGACGACGCUGAAUUACAUCAGGAGCGCCAACCUGCAAUCAAGGUUCAUGGUUUUCAUGGAGGAGAGCGAGCUCUCGAGCAAGCGGUGGGCCAGUGCGCCUCGCCGCUCGGACAGCCCCUGCAUCCUGGGGCCGCCAACGUCUAGAGAGGCGGCAGGGCCGCCGGUGCAGUUGGAGCCUGUGGAUUUAUCGGUGAAAACGCCGGUGGUGUUACAGGUGCCACGUUACAGUCCCGCGGCGAUAAUAGCCGCUGCGGCCGCUGUACGUAAGCCAGGCUCACCUGCCACCGCCGCUCAACCUAUGACCACGACGACAGGCAGCGCGAGGACUACAAUCAGCCAAUCUCUUCCACCAUCGAUCUGCGUCUCUACAGUUCCAGUGUCGCCGACGUUGCCGUUAGCCGACAUAGUGCGCGAGCGUGAGCAGCAAGAGCGCGAAAGAACGCGACGCUCCGAGUGCGAAAGGGAAGCGAUCACAAGAGCGGGAAGUCGACGCGAACGCGAACGCGAACAACAACGCCAUCGCCAUCAUCAGGAAGUCUCGUCGUCCGUCUGCUCCAUCGAGCCACCUGAUCCUGUCUUCGUCUCAUCUUCAGCUGCGCUACUCGCUUUGCAGAAGAUCAAGGAAGCUUCUCUGGUAUUCCACAACAAGCGACCAGCGUUAACACCGGGAAUCGGUUUGAGCGGCCGGGGCAACAAUGCAGCGGUCGUUGGUGGCAAUGGCACGAGCCUCAGUGUGGUUGACGGCGAAUGCGGUGAUGCUCUCAAACGACGCAAAGUUCACAGGUGCGACGUCGCCGGCUGCGAUAAAGUCUACACCAAGAGCUCGCAUCUCAAGGCUCACAAGAGGACUCACACCGGCGAGAAGCCGUACCAGUGCACAUGGGAAGGUUGCACGUGGAAAUUCGCGCGUUCAGACGAAUUGACGCGGCACUACCGCAAGCACACCGGUCAAAAGCCAUUCAAGUGCCACCUGUGCCAGCGCUCGUUCUCGCGUAGCGAUCAUCUCUCACUUCACAUGAAGAGGCACUGAACGUGAAAAAAGCACGCAUACACACAGACACCACACCCCUACACAUACAUACAAACCACACGUAUUCAAUUAUAAUCAAGCACAUUCGGGACCUGAUUGAUCAUCACCCGGAUUGAACGAGAGCCGGGUGUUGCCGCUGCUGAUGUUGUAAAUUAUCAUAUGAAGAAGAGAUACGAGCUUUUUAUUUUUCUUCUUAGUUCAAUAUUCGAGGGAACAAUUUUCUCUUUUUUUCUUUUUUGUGAUGCCACGCGUUGACUCGCUGACCUGUGAUUAGAGAUACACUUUCGGCCUAACCAUGUACACGCGCGCGAAUGCUUUUAUAUAAUGUAUGUUCAAACGGGCAAAAAUAAGCACAAAAAAAAACAUUAAAAAAUCAAUCGAGGUGUCACGAAUUUUUAAUCGUUCUUUAGAAAAUUAUGAUUGUGCUGCGGGUUCAGCUCUAGAUUGAAGGGAAAAUGGGGAUUAUACGUUGAACAAUACGAAGGGGAGAGAAUUAUUGUGGAAUAUUAUUUUAUAUAAUUUACAGCAUUAAUUAUUCUGUUUUCUUUUUUCUUAGCCAAUUUAGGAAAAAAAAUUUCAAUUUUCCUAAUGUAAAACGCGCGAGGGCCAGCUCAACUAGUCUAGAGAGCAAGAAUAUAUAAAAAAAAUGACAAAACAUACAAAAAAAUAACUGGAGAUACAUCUUUAUUAUUAUUAUUUGCAAGAGGCAAAAGAAAAAAAACAUGAAACGUACGAUAUGCACAGACGAUAAUGCGCGAUGCAAUGAACUUAGAGCCAGUAAGCGUCUAGGAGUUUUUAAACGAUAAGCUGUCUAUUAGUGAAAAUAUUGUGGGAUGAUAAAAAAAUAUAUCAAUAUAAAUAAAGAUAUAUAUAUAUAUAUAUAUAAAUAUAUAUAUAUAUAUAAAGAAUAGAUCACCUUGAUACGCAACACACGUAAGGUUUAAUAGUUGUUUAAUGCAAAUUUACAUAGGUAACUCCGGUGACGGAGCUUGGGACUUAGCAUGCUCAGUUAAACAGUAGUGGAAAAAUGAAUUUUUAUUCUUUAUUUUUUUUUCUCUUCGCCAGUGUAUCUCGAUUUAUCGCGCAUUCGCAAGCGUUAUUAUCUGUAUUAUUAUUUUUCCUUUUGCGUGAAAAUCGACGAUUGGACGAAGCGAUUAAAAAAUGUCGCGACUAAGAUGUAUAUUUCUCGUGCUUAUAAAUAUCAACGAAGAAUUUCGCGUUUAGAGACGGACAAUCAAUCGUCAACUCGAUUAUGCGAAUAAAUAUAAUACAAUAUGUACAUGGAAAGCUUUGCUGAAUCGUUUUACCUUUACGUUGAAGAAUCUCUCUUCGAGAGAUACACAUUUUUGUUUUCUUAUGAACAGCAAAGUUUUUCACAGCGGUAAGAAAAUGAAAAAUUUAUCGAUGUAAAUAUUGAGAUAAUUUUACGAUUUAAAAAAGCCAGUAUUAGCUACGUGCAUCGUGCUAUGGAUCCUUUCACUUUUGUGUCAUCACUUUUCUUUUAUUUCAGUGCGUGCGAAAAAAGUCGAAUAUUUUUCUGUAUACCCGCUAAAUUGCGUAAGUAAAAUUUUCAAUAAUGCUGAUGGUGCUAGUUUGUUUUAAAAAAUAUAGAUAGGUAAAUAAAUCAUUGGAUAUAACUCAUAUCUAUUGCAAGGCUACUCUAAGAAUUGUAAUUUCAAUAAAAAAGAAAAUUAUAUACAUUUAGGCCUAUACCUAGUUAAAUUAAUGAAGUAGAUGGUCGGGCAGUAUUUCGAAAUUGAGAGCGUGUAUAUUUUUAUACAAAAAUUUUUUACGUCAUGGCCUCUAAAUCUAUAAUGGAAAUAUAGAAUUAUUACGUUAUGGUUAAGAACAUUGCAAUUGAACGUUAUGAAAAAAAUUAUGGCAUCAUCUAAGUUUGAUUAUUUUAUUUUAACGUAUUUUAAAUUCAAUUAACACUUCUUUGUGUCUGUCAGUUCUUGAAUUUCUUGGAGUAGAUAGGAUGAAUCAUAACUGCGCCAGUAUAUUUUCGAACCAAUUAUGUUACUAAAAAUGUAAAAAACAUGCAAUCACAAAGUUUGUAAACGUGGUUUACAGCAUAGAUAUUUGUAGUGCCUUCACUCAAAUAACAAGAGUGAAUAUUUUCGCAGAAUUAGGCCUUAAGUUAUAAAUAGUGCCUUUUGGACAUUUUGCAUGUACAUAUUAUUAAAAUGUUUGGCCGAAACAAAAAAAACGUUGCGCAAUUCGAUGUCAACGAGAAAUUAAAAUAUUAAAAUUUUUAAGCAGUGACGAUGCGAUAAAUGAUUACGGAACAAAAUCGGAAAUAUUUGAGUAAAAAAGAUGACUCGACCUUAAAUUUAUACAUUCGGAUUUUGAAAUACCUUGUAAAUAGUUAACAAAUGCGUAAGUUACAAACAUUUCUCUGCUAUCAGUUUAUAAAAAAAUUACCUUUGCUGUGAUGUAUGCUAUAUAAAAUAUUAGAAACAUAUGUAAUGAAUGAUUAAACAUAACAUUAUGCACAAUUAAUGAUACUAAAUCAAUAUAAAUACAAUUUCAUAUAUAAUAUGUAAAAUUUCAAAGUAUUAAAUCUACUAUAGCUAUAGACAUUUUUUCGAUCAAUACUCAAAGGAAAUACAUUUUUUAUUUGCUCACUAUUUAAUUGAAAAUAUUUCCCGUUGAGAUAAUUUGUUCUUGGAAUGUAGCCAUACAAGAUAAAUUUACCAUUUUAAAACUACCUAAUACUGUGAAAAAGGAAUAUGAAGGGUAAAAAUUUUUAAAUAAACUUUUGAACUUCAUUAAAACAUAAAACUAAAAUAUUUUUUAGUUUCGCAUGUGUAUAAUUACUUUGUGAAAUUAUUCUAUAAAAUAUCUGUCAAUAAAUGAUAUACAAAAAAAUAAUGCAUCUCAGUGCCUUAAAUAUGUGAAGAUAAAGCGAUGAAAUUCUUGAACACUAAGCUAUUUGAAAAAAAAAGUAAUGCUAACAUUAUCAAGUAUGUAGCAAAGAUGGUUGAGUAAACUAUAUAAUAAACCGCCUAUAAUUUUGUAAACAGCUUUAAUUUGCCAUACGUCUUGUAAAAAAAUAUUUCAUUUUAUUUGCACGGUGCUUAUUAAUUGAUGGUGCUUGAAAAAUAAUAGGAAAAAAUAGCAAAAAUCUUUUACAUUUCUCAAAAUAGUAAACAUCACAAUAACACGCACAUAUAUAUCUGCAUCAAUAUUUACAUAUUUAUCUUGUAAUAAAUUAAACAAACUAUCUUUAAAGGCAUGUCAUAAACAUUGUAAACUGAAUAAAAAGUUGUGUGCCAAAGUUUAACACGCAUAAGCAUACAAUUUACUUGGCAGAAAAAAAAGAAUUGUAAUCGUGUCAACGUAUAAAUAGUUUAUCACAUUUUUCAAAAAAUUGCAAAUUAUAACAUCUUAAGGGAAAAGAUUCGUAAUAAUUUUUCAAUACAUUACAGGAAAAUAGGAAUUUUUAAUGGUAAGAAAACUAUUAUACACAUCGAGCCAAACUUAGCAAUUCUCACAAUAUGCAGUUAGAAAAUUGUUUCUAAUGAUUACGAUAAAAUCGAAAAGCAAUAAAGAGCACGCGCCGAUAUAUAUAUAAUGAUUAAGCGAUCGAUCACGUACGUGUAAGAUUUUUUUAGGUAGCGAAAGGAAAUAUGCGUGAUACCAACAAUGUAUCAACAAAUGCAAAAAGAGAUCGAAAACUAGUUUUAUUCUCUCUAUAAAAAGGAAACUUUUAGUGUAUUGCCAACGCAACAAUGUAUAUAUAAUUUUCAUAAAUAUAAAUAUAACCAAUGGGGGCCAGUAAUUCUCUCGGAUCUCUCUUUUAUGGAUUUAUGAUUUUUAAAGUACAUGAACAGUUUAACAAAGUAUUGAUCACAUAAUAAGUUUUUUGUAAAAAAUCAGUUUCAAUUUCAAUAUUCUUGACAAAUUUGAUUUAAAUAAAGAAAAACGUUGAGUGUUGUUUAUUUAUUCUCAAAAAAUGGUCAACGCGCUUUGCGUGAAACUUUCAUGCUACGUCAACUAUUUAAUUUAAGAAAGAAUGUAUUAUAAAUUUAUAUAUAUCCCGAGCAUAAUAACGUAAAUCAUUCAAAUUCUAUCAUAAACUUAUUGUAUAAACAGAAAAGGCAUUAAAUGCAAUACAUUUAUUUUUUAGCUGUUAGAGACAACUUCACGAUUCAAUAUUUCUUCAUUAUUUAUAUUUUUUCUACAUUUUGUUGUUCUUUACCACUCUUUUUCAUACGUCUGCAUAUGAGCGGUUUACAAACGCACGAAUGGGGUUUAACUUUGCUACAGCGUUUGAGAAGAAAACGCACACUUGUGUAAUAACAAUGAAAUUCCGCAAUCUAUAUACUUUUGAAUUCGAUAUAUUUAUUUAUCGGUUGUUGGCUUUGCGAUUAGAGCAGAGUAAUGUAUAGUAACGAUUUGAUAAAAGAAUAAAACAAAUAUGUUUAUAUAUUUAAUAUAUAAAUAUAAUAUAUAAAUAGAUAUAUACAAUGUCAAUAACGCCGACAUGAGGAACAAUUUGCAGGGUGAAUAUUUAAUACACUGUCUUGAAGGAGAAAAACAAUUGUGUAGAAAAAUAAAGCCCUUCAAAGAGAGGAUUAUAUAUUCCUACAGUUUUUUCCUCUAGAGAAUGAAGGAUUUAAUAUAUAUACGUAUGUUGUACAAUAGUUGAUAUUUUUUAGUAUAUAAUUAUAUCGGGCAUCUAGAAAGAUAUUGUAUCGACACAUUCGUAAAGAGUGAACGACUUCAUUUUUAUUGCGAAGAAUGAUAUGAUGGUUAAAUAUUUAGAUAAUAAUACGAUUAUCAUUAUCCUUACUGCUAUCAUUGGUACUAUUAUGUUUAUUAUUAAUAUUAUUAAUGUA